CCCCUUUUCGCCCUUGCCACAAUCGGACUGGCAGGAGAUGAGACUUCAAGCAAGGAGGACUAGGACUGCCAGGACCGUCACCCCUAACCCUGGGCCAUGUCUGUCCAGCCGGUCGGUCCAUUUUGGUCCAUCACGAGCAGCCUCUCGUAUUCAGCAUUCAACCGUCUGCUGCAGAUCGGCCAUCUCUCCAGCCCUCCAAGACAACGACUGCCUGCCUGCCUGCCUGCAAAGGCACAGACACGAGCUCGUCCUGAUCGCCCACAGCAACACCCGAGACAAGACCAUCCGUUUCCGUCUCGUCCCAUCCUGACCUGUCGUCCCGUCCCGUCUUCCAAGGCUGUCUUAUAGCACUACUCCGUAUGCUGCAACAGCCAGGCCAGCCACGCUUGAGGCACCGAUCACCACGGCUGCGUGGACAGAGAGAGGCCCCAUCCCGUGCUGCCAGCCUGCGGGCCGCUUGCGAGCGAGGCCCACCAGCAGCGGGCCUGGGGCUGGCCACGAUCGAGGUCGGCCCUCUCUUAAGGCGACCAACCGGCACGGCACGGCACAUGCUGCUGCUGUUCUGAGCUGCUGUUCUGAGCUGCUGUUGUGAGCUGCUGCUAUUCUGGGCAUGCGGACUUGUAGAUGUCUAAUCUGUACUCUGCACAUGCUUGGCCGUGGCCAAAAAACCGUGGCCCGCCCGCCAACCUGCGUCCAUCCUCCUCGCUCAUGCACUCGACACGGACCACGAUGCCACGAUGCCACGAUGCUACUCAGCAUUCUCAAGGGCUGUCGGUUCGCCUCCUCUGCGGGCAGUGGGCAUGGCAUCCGGCCAUCGUUGAUGCCUGCGCCUGGGCGGCUACUGGGCCUUGUGGUGGAUCGCCGAAUUCCCCGUCGCCUCCCCGCCCUGGCUAAAUUUGGAAACCGACAACUAACUUCUCACCUCGGGGGCCGCCGGGGUCCCAGCCAGCACGGGGGGUUUCCUGUCCUGCUGUAGGCUCCGGUACGCGGGGCGCAUUUCUCUGGUUCCCUCCGGAGAUCGAGUGCUCGAUGCUGCGCUGCGUUGCGUGAGAUGCGGAGCGCCCGAAGAUUAGGUGUGCCUGGCUCAACUCAGCCCCGAAUUCUUCUUGUACUCGGUGCUCUUGUCUCUCGUCUCUCGUCUCUUGGUCUCGGUAUGUUUUCAUCCAUCCCCCCUCACCUUCUCGGUGUGCGUGUGUGUCUGUGUACUUGCAGUUGGGUGUGUGUGGAAUAUAUUUGUCUGUCUGUUUCAUCCCCCAACCACCCACAGAGAGCGACAACCUGCGACAGCCGGGGCAGCCAGGGCUGCCAGGGCAGUCAGCAAAGGCCCGCAGUCCACUCGAAACAAGCCGCCCUGUGAGCUCCUGCAGGCGCACGUUGAGUCUCGCGUUUCACAUCCACUCUGGCCCGCAGCGCCGCGCCCGGCCACCCCUGCUCGCCCGCUCGCCUACCAACGGGCACGUCGCAUCCAAGCUUUUGGCUCCCUGUGCUCCCUGUGCUCCUUGUGCUCCUUGUGCCACUGACCGCCGCUGUGGGCUCGCCGCACGGGGCACCAACUAUCUCUCUCGUUCAAUAAUCCAUAUUCCUUCCGUCCUGCGAUCAAGGGCCAGCGCUCGUGGUGUUAUAUAUAUCUACAUACAUAUAUUCAUGUGGCCCCCUGCCCACCCCUCAUCUCCCUUUCUGAAUCUUGUUUCAACUCUCUCUCUCUGUCUCUCUCUUUCGCCCACCAACUGUUUCCUAAUCCUAAAUCCAUCUCCCAUUUGUUUGCAAAGCCAGAAAAUAGUAACAAGAGAAAAAGGCAUUUUCUUACCUUUUAUCCCACUAUAAAUCCCAGUCUCGUCUGUUUCCAACCCGUCUCUGCAAUAAUCCCUCCAUCUGGUCAUGGAGUUCGCAAACCACCCAUCCGCACCUUUCAUCGCCGACGCUGUCUCCGAGCAGGACUGGGCCCGCCAGCAUGUCGACCAGCAAACACACAUGACCGACUCCAAGGGCUCUGGCCUACUGCCGCUGAGGAGGAGAUCUGCUGUCGCCCUGAAGCGUAGGGCGAGCAGUGACGCAAGGCACAGGCCCGAGGACAGCCCCUCGGGUGUCAGCAAACGCAGGCGCGUCGAGAGGCCCGUACGUGUCACCAGCAAGCCACUGAGCCCCGCGGACAGGGCCAGGUCCGCCGCCGACUGGGAGCAGAUGCUCAAGCUCUCCACCAACAACCUGCAGGGCCUCUACGCCGGCAUGAUGGACAAGAACCCAGCCCCGGCCGCGGGGCUGCUGCUAGGAGACAGGUUCCCCCAGCGCGUGGCAGACAGCGACCGCAACCUCAUGGCCUCCAGGGCCAUGCAUCACGCUGCGGGCUGCUGCAGCGAGGGAGGCCUAGACGACGACGACGCCUGCUCGUCCAGCUCGGGCGAGGACACGGCGGACUGGGCCGAGUCCGACAGCUCCUCGGAUGACCAACCCGCCACCCCCGACACGGCACAGAUGGACGAGGACAGUGACGUCGACGGCGAGCUUGGCAUCUUCAAUUUCCACAUGGCGGGUGCCUCAUAGGCCGGCGGCCAGAAAUUCCAUCAUCACACGGCCAGUGAAGGGCACAGCCAACCCCACGUCAAAUAGCCUGAAGAGUCACGGGCUCUGUCCGUGGCUUGUCGUGCUCUUGAGGCCAUGGAGCCAGCCGUGAAAUUUCUCUUGUGUCUUGUGGUGCAGAAGGGGUGUUUUUGGGAGGCGGGCGGUUUACACAACAUAAAAGCUGCGGGGGUGUGGACCGGCAUAGACGGUGCAUGACCGGAACUUUGGAAAAUGGAGAACACGCUGGUGUAAUUCUGGCGUGAGACCACGUGCGCGUUGGUGAGCGUAAGCGUUGGGUGCGAGGAUUGGCGUUUGGGGGCCUUUUGACUACUUUUCAUAUAGAAGAUACCCUUCCCGCAUGGGAGCAAUUGUAAUCGAACAUGACUUGCACAAGA